AAGAAGGAAACCAAGGAGAAAGAGGAGUCGGUGCUGGCUUCCCAGAUCCUGGAAGCUGCAAGGAGGCUGAUGGAAAGACGGCGCCUCGAGAUUUACCUGAAGGAGUGUGAUGUCACCAUGGAGCAGAGCCUCAUGCCAUACAGGUGAGACAGGUAAUGUGCAGGUGAGACAGGUGAUGUGCAGGUAAGACAGGUGACAUACAUGUGAGACAAGGGAGACAGGUGACGUGCAGGUGAGACAGGUGAUGUAAAAGUGAGACAGGUGAUGUAUAUGUGAGACAGGUGACGCGCAGGUGAGACAGGUGAUGUGCAGGUGAGACAGGUGACAUACAUGUGAGACAAGGGAGACAAGUGACGUGCAGGUGAGAAGGGUGAUGUAAAAGUGAGACAGGUGACGUGCAGGUGAGACAGGUGAUGUAAAAGUGAGACAGGUGACGUGCAGGUGAGACAGGUGAUGUAAAAGUGAGACAGGUGACGUGCAGGUGACGUGCAGAUGAGACAGGUGAUGUACAGGGGAGACAGGGGAGACGGGUGCCAUAUGAGUAAGACAGGUGAUGUACAGGUAAGUCGGUGAUGUGGAGGGGAGACAGGUGAUGUACAGGUGAGACACGCAAUGUACAGGUGAGACAGGUGACAUGCAGGUAAGACAGGUGACGUACAUGUGAGACAGGUGACGUACAAGUGAACUGUGACCGUUUGUAGCCCAAUUCGACCAAUUUGUCCAUGGUGAGGGCGGAGGUGUGAGACGGCGCAUCGUCAUGGUGGAAGAGCACUUUUUUCUUCGCCAAAUGGGGCCAUUUUUUCUGCAAUUUGGCGUCGAAUCGGCCCAGUAAUUCGGCAUAGUAUAGUCCUGUGACCCUUUUGCCCUUCUCCAGGUAGUCCAUGUAGAUCACACCGUGUGAGUCCCAGAAAACAGUGGCCAUCGCCUUUCCUGUCGAUAGGGCAGUCUUCGCCUUCUUCGGAGCACGUUCUCCGGAUGAAGUCCAUUGUUUGGACUGUUCCUUGGUCUCUGGUCUGUACCAGUGGAUCCAUGUUUCGUCGACAGUCACGAAACGAUGCAAAAACUCCUUUGGAUUGCGCUUAAACAGCGUCAAACACUGCUCUGAAGUGGUCUUACGGUUGCGCUUGUUGUCUGGAGUGCGCAAACGCGGCACCCAUCGCGCCGACAGCUUUCUCAUGUCCAACAUUUCAUGCAGGAUACGACCCACGCGGUCUUUUGAGAUGCAGACUGUCUCAGCUCAUCUCACGCACCUUUAAUCGGCGGUCUGCCAACACAAGGUCAUGGAUUUUUGUCACGUUAACCUCCGUGGUUUCGGAGGGCCUGGGCAUGGCUCAUCAAAAACCGAUGUGCGACCACGUUGAAAUUUGUUGGUCCAAUUUUUGACGGUCGUCAUCGAAGGAGAAGAGUCACCUGUGGUGGAAAUUUUCCAUAAAGAAGUAGAUGAGAGAGAGUUGUCCUUUUGUGCGGUUUAUUGAAAUAAUAAAGAAAAUAAAAAUAAUGGGGAAAGAAAUUUUCCAUAAAGAAGUAGAUGAGAGAGAGUUGUCCUUUUGUGCGGUUUAUUGAAAUAAUAAAGAAAAUAAAAAUAAUGGGGAAAGAAAUUUUCCAUAAAGAAGUAGAUGAGAGAGAGUUGUCCUUUUGUGCGAUUUAUUGAAAUAAAAAUGAAAAUAAAAAUAAUGGGGAAAGCAAAUAAAAAGCAUGGAUGUUGAUCGUGCACAUCAACAAACCAAAAACCAGCUGGGAGAUCAGUGCACACACCACGAAGGUGUGAUGCAAAGAGCCCACAAUCCUCAAGUUGCUUCUGCCUUUUAGCUUCUCUGUCCGACUAGGGUGGAAUGUCUUUCUAACCCAAUCAAAUUACAUGCACCAUCUCCUCCCUGUCGCAGUGUGUGUGAAGAUUUUUACAUUCUCACACCUGCAUCGCUGACGUCCAACUAUCUGUGAGAAAGGAGCACCAAGUCUCAACAGAUAGAGACACAACUCCCCGACCUUGGGUUUGGGAGCUAGAGUUGAGAGUCUAUCAGGCAGAGACAACCAUUGAACAAUGUAGGUGAAAUGUCAAAUGCAUACAGUAAGACAAAACAUAAGAUAAGUCAUAAAUCAUAUAAUAACUGCAUAGAAAUAAGGAAGACACAAUUUUUAUAGAAAUAAGGAAGACACAAUUUUUCCCAUAACAUCACCGUACACAGCAUCCAAGCGCACCGACUUUUCUCUUUUUCCAUUUUUCUAAAAUCCACGGACACGCCCACUUCUACACGCUGUCAAAAUAAAAGUAGAGUAGUAGUAAAGUCUGAUUCGGCUAAAAUUUCAUCAGUAGCAGUCGAAGAGAAUGUACUACGCGAAAGAAAAUUAUUUUGUGAUAGUGGCGCCAUCGUGCGGUGAGACUACGUAUUAUCGGAACACCCCCGCAUAAAUAACAGAAUAAUUCUAUAAGUAAUGGUAAUAAAUAUGCUCAUAAAGUAAAAGCUGAUGAGUUGAGUCAACAACAGCUCUGCUCUGUCUGAGCUCUGUGUCCUGUAUAACUGCCAUUAGUGACGACAAACCUGUGGCUUCAGGGGUUUUGUGGACCACACAAAGAGAGGAGGGCGGAGGAGAGUGGGGAGGGUCAAAUACAGACCCGUAGAGAAACUGUGCCACUGCUCUGCAGCUUUAAGUCGCCUGAAUUAAAAUGAUCAGAUAUUCAGCAUUAGAGGGUUUGAUUUAGCAGGUGGAGCAGGUGAAAAUUUGAUGAUGAUGAUGAUGAUGAUGAUGAUGAUGAUGAUGAUGAUGAUGAUGAUGAUGAUGAUGAUGAUGAUGAUGAUGAAGGUUUUAUUUAUAUAGCACCAAAUCUCAACAAGGUUAUCUCAAGGCACUUUACAAAGUAAGGUUUUAAGACCUUACACAACUAAAUCCGACAAAUACCACAUGCAGCAAGCCUUUAAUUACAAUUUGACAGCAACAAUGGAGAGGAAAAACUCCCUCUCUAAUGAGGAAGAAACCUCCAGCAGAACCAGGCUGGAUGUGGGCGGCCAUCUGCCUCGACCGGUUGGAGUGAGGGGAGAGAGAGAGAAAAGCACAGCAACAACAACAAGCAACAACAGAGCACAGACAGGACGGUUGGACCAGAGACUGGACACAGAAUGGUUGGACUAGGGACUGGACUGGAUACAGGCAGGAUGGUUGGACCCGCAGUUGCACAUCACAGACACAUAGCUCUGAGUUUGAUGAUUCCUGUAGGUGAGGACUAUCACAGGCUGGACUCUAAUGUUGCUGCUUCCUGUUUUGUUUUGUUGUAUUUUCGGUUUUGUCUGGUCAUGUCUAGUUUUGUCAGUCACGUGAUCUCACCAGCUGUUUUUUAUCAGUCAUUACUCGCCUUUGUCUCGUAUUUAAGCACUUGUUGAGAUUGUUGCUCAUUCAACCGUGUCAACUCUCCAGUGUCUAUCAUUAAGUCCUGCUGUGUGUGCUCUAUCUGUUUUUUUUGACCGUGCCUCCGUCUUGUCCCUGCCUGUACCUUUGCUGGAGUAGUUGGAUUAUCUGUGUACCGACCUUGGCCUGCCUGGCGAUGUUCGUAAUAAAUCCACUAAAAUCAAGAUCUUUCUGUGCUGUGUGUUUGGGUCCUUCACCGUGUUAAUCUGUGACAGAACAAUCUGCCCAGACUCGGACCCAGCCAGCCUCCAGCUUGUGGAUAUUUUUGUUCAGAUUUUUCUUGGUGCUUCGUGGAGACGUUUUGUUUUUACUAUGGAUUUCGCCUGGACCAACUUGUCUGAGUGCUGUGACAAGGACAGAAUGGGGGAGAGAGAGAGCGGGGGAGAAGCACAACUACUGGAGAGAAAGAGACAAGGUUAAAUAAACAUGGAACAAUGAUGGGAGGUUAUUGGACAAAAGAGGUAGAAGGAAACAGAGGACCUCAGUGUAUAAAUUAAGUCCCCCAGCAGUCUAUGUCUAUUGCAGCUUAACUAAGAGAUGGUUCCUGUAACUAACAAUAAUUGCCAGUGACCUGAACCAUCUCUAACUAUAAGCUUUAUCAAAAAGGAAGGUUUUAAGCCUGAUCUUAGAGGUGGAGAAUGUGUCAGCUUCUCGAACCUGAACAGGGAGCUGGUUACAGAGGAAAGGAGCUUGGAGCUAAAAGCUCUGCCCCCUGUUCUACAUUUAAAGACUCUAGGAACCACAAGUAGCCCAGCGCUCUGAGGACGAAGUGUUUUGCUGGGAGCAUAAGGAACUAUGAGGUCUUUAAGAUAAGAAGGAGCUUUAGCAUUGACUACAUUGUAGGUGAGUAGGAGAAUUUUAAAUUCUAUCCUACAUUUUACAGGCAGCCAGUGCAGAGAAGCUAAUGUAGGAGAAAUGUGAUCUCUCUUUCUAAGCCCUGUCAGGACUCUGGCUGCAGCAUUUUGAAUAAGCUGUAGGCUUUUUAAGGAGCUGUUAGGACAUCCUAUGAGUAAGCAGUUACAGUAGUCCAGCCUAGAGGUAACAAAUGCAUGAAUCAGUUUGUCUGCAUCUCUCUCUGUGAGAAGAUGCUUCUGAUUUUAGCUAUAUUUCGAAGAUGGAAGUAGGCGGUUUGGGAGAUUUGUUUAAUGUAUGAUGUAAAAGAGAAAUCCUGGUUAAAGAUGACACCAAGGUUCCUUACAGUAGAAUCUGAAGCUAAUUUUAUGUCAUCCAGCCUGGCUGAGCAGGAGGAGGAGGAGAACAACGACCAGGAUACCUGUUCAUAGGUAGGGUCUAGCUGGACAGAAGCUGUACAGACCCAAUUAACAGCAGUUUUAUCUCCUCCUAUCCUCUGUAAACUGCUGUGUCAAAAACUCUGACCCUAAAAACACAACCGAACCACUGAUCCAGGAACCAGGAACCAAGAACGAGGAGCCAGGAACCAGACAACUCUUUGUCAGGUUCUGUGAUGUGAAGUAGCUGCUGGUUCGUCUGGGUUUGAGCCCACUGUUACUGGUGGUCAGGUCCAGUUCUGAAGCUGCAGUAACUUCAACCUGCAGACUAGCAAGUCCGGGGCUUGGCUGGAAAGGGUCAGGUCAGGGUCCGAUGGUUCCUUGGCUCCAUCGUGGAGCAGAGUCAAGGCUGGAGUGACUGUGAUACUUGAUCUAGUCACGUCACAGGACGGAUCCACUGUUAUCUAACAUUCACUCUGGCUACUCUCUCUCUUUUGUCUGUCUGUCAAAUGCUUGCUCGUCCCGUGUGCAGCUGAGCGGAGUGGGACUGGAGGGGGAGGGUAGAGGACGGACGCUCGCUUUGCUUCUUUCUUCAUUCUCUCUGUGGCUUUCCUUCCGUCUUGUCUUUCCUCCUAUGGAUGGACGGCUGCUCUUCAUCUCGCUUCUCGUCUUCCUCCGGUGGAAUGGUGGUGGUCAUGAUGGGAUGUUUUUCUCUGGAAUAACAGAAAGUUGAGCGACUCAGCUCUGAUUGGCUCACACAGACUUUAACUUCACUCAUUAAUUCUUCUGGGUGACCUCAGCAGCAGCAACAUCUCCCACGUUAUGUUGUGACACUGUGAAGUUUGUUGUCUAGAUAAAUCGUGUUAUCGUAGCAACGGGGGGAUGCAGGUCUCCAUAGCCUGUAACGUGGGUGGGGGCGGCAGUGGAGGAGCGGGGGAGCAUCCUCUGAAGGAGCGUCGACCAGUGGCCAACACCAGCGGCGGCCCCACCUGUCAGUCAAAGGUCAGGGCGGAGCCUCUGAACAGGAGCACUCUGCUAGGCCACGCCCACAUGAAGGAGGCUCUCGGGCGCCAUAGCAACAUGAAGUACAGGAAUCUUGGGAAAUCCGGGCUCAGAAUUUCCUGCUUGGGACUGGGAACAUGGGUGACAUUUGGCUCCCAGAUCACUGAUGAGAUGGCAGAGCGCUUACUGACUGUGGCCUACGACAGUGGAGUGAACUUAUUCGACACUGCAGAGGUUUAUGCCUCAGGGAGGGCCGAGACGACUCUGGGCAACAUCCUGAAGAAAAAAGGAUGGAGGAGGUCCAGUUACGUGGUGACCACCAAGAUCUAUUGGGGAGGCCAAGCGGAAACAGAGCGAGGUCUGUCCAGAAAGCACAUCAUCGAAGGGCUGCGUGGGUCUCUGUCCCGGUUACAGCUGGACUACGUUGACAUUGUGUUCGCCAACAGGAGCGACAUCAACUCUCCCAUGGAAGGUGAGAACACGGGUCACAGUGUGAGGCUUGUCAGGUUCAUUCCUGCUCUGACUGUGUUCUGUUCCUCAGAGGUCGUUCGGGCCAUGACCUUUGUGAUCGACCAGGGCUUGGCCAUGUACUGGGGGACGUCGCGUUGGAACGCUGUGGAGAUUAUGGAGGCUUACUCCAUCGCUCGUCAGUUCAACCUGGUUCCUCCAGUGUGUGAACAGGCCGAGUAUCAUUAUUUCCAGAGAGACAAGGUGGAACUGCACCUGCCAGAACUCUACCACAAGAUCGGGGUCGGAGCCAUGACCUGGUCGCCGUUAGCCUGCGGUCUGCUGACAGGAAAGUACAAUGAGGGUGUCCCAGAGAGGUCCAGGGCUGCCAUGAAGGGCUACUCUUGGCUGAAAGAGCGUCUCUGCAGCGAAGAGGGGAAGAAGCAGCUUAGUAAAAUCAAAGACCUCCACCUGCUGGCGGACAGAAUGAAUUGCACUCUGGCUCAGCUCGCUAUAGCAUGGUGUCUUCGCAGUGAAGGCGUCAGCUCAGUUCUGCUCGGCGUCUCCAAUACAGACCAGCUGCUGGAGAACCUGGGUUCCCUCAGGGUUCUGACCCAGCUAACUCCGCCCCUUGUUGCUGAGAUGGACACGUUGCUUGGCAACAAGCCGCGAAACCCCAAGAAGGUGGUGAGGAGCUGAAGACGAACAUUAAACUUCCAUUCAGAAAACACUGACUGAAGGACGCUGUAUACCUCUCGUCCUCUCUGUUGUUAUGGAGAUGAUGGAGAUGUUCAUCACAUAUUUGUCCCUCAACAUGUGGAGGCUCUGGUGACUGAGGUGAUGUUGGCUGAGAUCACACAAAGAUCACAGCUGGUUAACAUGAGUCUGACUCUGUUGUCAGGGUAACAGCAGCUUAAUAUCAAUGACUUUUAACCGCAACAUAUCAGAUAAAGUUUAUCUACUGUAUCAUUAUUCCCACAUCUGGGGAAAGAAAAGCACAAGAGCACCGGAACCAAACCUCUGAGGUUACGGUUCUGAUGGUUCCACACUGGACCCAGAUACGGAGUUUUAACAAUUAUCUGCACUGAAGUACUUAAAAGAAAGACUGAAUACAAUAAAACAGGACUUAGUUUUAAGUGAUGAAUAUUUUAGGGUGCUGGAUGCACAAACAUCACAUCACAGAUUUAAUGCCAAGGUUGUAAAAUUGAAAAUUUAGACAAAACCACUGGACUUUUCAGUUCUGGAUUUUACAAGAUCCAAAAGUAACAAAUAAUUGGGUUUUGGUGUUGGAUGGUUCAGUUUAGCAGUGAGGGUCCUAAUUUUUAUCAUCUGUCUGAACUUGUCCAGAUUCAAAAGGCAUUAACAUGUUUGUUAUCCAACAGGUUCAUUAACCUCAUCAAAGUUUAGCUUUUCUAAAUAAUUUGCUUAACAAUCAGCUGCCAAUAAACAGAUGAAGUCAUUAA